AGCCGUUGUUAUUGAAAAAUCACUGCGCUCUGAGCUUGUUUCUACCUCGGGACGGUUCUCUCCCAAGGCACACAGAUUUCUGCUUGAGAGAAGCCCUCCCUACCUCCCUGUUCAGCAUUCCAGCUCCAGCUGGUUAAAACCCCCGCAGGACCAUGGCAACCUCUGUUCUCCAAAUGGCUGGACUGGUGCUUGGUGGUGUUGGCAUGGUGGGCACAGUGGCAGUGACCAUCAUGCCCCAGUGGCGAGUGUCUGCCUUCAUCGAAAGUAACAUCGUGGUUUUUGAGAACCUCUGGGAAGGCCUGUGGAUGAACUGCAUGAGGCACGCCAAUAUCAGGAUGCAGUGCAAGGUCUACGACUCUCUGCUGGCUCUUACUCCUGACCUCCAGGCAUCCAGAGGACUGAUGUGCGCUGCGUCCGUCCUGUCCUUCCUGGCUUUUAUGACAGCCAUCCUCGGAAUGAAGUGUACCAGGUGCACGGGCGACGACGAGAACGUGAAGAGCCGCAUCCUGCUAACAGCCGGAAUCCUCUUCAUCAUCACUGGCUUGGUGGUGCUCAUCCCUGUCAGCUGGGUUGCCAAUUCCAUCAUCAGAGACUUCUACAACCCGCUGGUAGACGUGGCCCUAAAGCGUGAGCUCGGGGAAGCCCUCUACAUCGGCUGGACCACAGCACUGGUGCUGAUUGCCGGAGGAGCGCUUUUCUGCUGCGUGUUUUGUUGCACUGAGAGAAGCAGCAGCUACAGAUACUCUGUUCCAUCCCAUCGCACCACUCAAAGGAGUUUCCACGCGGAAAAGAGAUCCCCGAGCAUAUACUCCAAAAGUCAGUAUGUGUAGUUGUUUGUGUGUGUGUGUGUUAACAGCACCUAUAAAGCCAAGCUAAUCACUGAACCAGCCACUGUUUUCAAGAAAUGGAACCCAGGGUGUAUCCAUUUACCUUUCCUAACUGCCCAACUCUCAUUACAGGAAAUAUACACAGUCUGUGAUUCUAUAAAUGAUUUUAGGAGAAUGAGGUAUUGUGCACGCUGCUUCAAUUGUUCUAGAAGGCAUAGUCAUUUGUUUUCUAAAAUGGUUCACACAGCUUUUCCUUUAUCAGUUACUCUAAAAUGACACAUCUAAAGGCUGUUGGUUUAAGCUGUGAUUUCUCUGUGUCAUGGCAUUAUACAAGUAGAUGAGGGUGGUGGUUAUAUCUCAUACAAAUAGAGACAGGCUUAUGUGGUUCUAUUUAAAGUGAAAUACCAAUCCAUCACGCUGAAUAAAUACAAUUCAGCUAUUGCUUUUCAAGGGGAACUGGGGAUAAAAGAGAAGAAGGCUAAUAUUAAUUGCCUAAAAACAGCUUAAGGAUUAGUGUACUCUAUUUAUAGUGAAGGUUAAAAUGAAGGCUUUAAUCAUUAGUGUAAAGGAAACUAAAUAGCUUUCUGAUAUCCUGCUUUGCAGCCUGUAGGAGUUAGAAAUCCCAUCACCUUCAUCCUUUUGCUCCAGAGGCUAUCUUUUCUUUUGGGUUGGCUGGUUAUUAAGUUAGUAUCUUUAAAAAUUUAAAUCAGAUAUUUUGUCAAAAUAUUUUUAUUCAAACUGCUUUUCCAAGGCUGUGCUAGGAAAAGAGAUUAAACCAGUGGUGUUAGAAAAAUCAACAAUUUCAGAAAAAUUAAUUUAUUUUUACCUUUAAGUUUAGAGAAGAAUGUAUUUUCAAUGUUUUUCAAAUGAAGUCACAUAAGUAAGGGAUUGUGCAUAGCCUUUGGGAUUUAUCAGUAUAAAUGAAGGAGAAAGAUGAUGUGUUUGGUUGUCAUUUUCUCACCCAAAAAAGGCACAACCCCUCCAACUCCAAAAACUUAUCAUUUCUGAACUUCAUGACUACAACAAAGUUGUCGUUUCAGUUCUGUUAAAGGUGAUUUUCUCCACUUGCUAUCUUGGCUGAGUUUUAUUGAGGUGUGAUAUUACUGUGUGUUUCCUCCUAAUUAGAGAUGACUCUUAAUCAGAUUUCAAAUUUCAUAUAUAUGACUAUACUAAUAACAUGAGUAUAUGUUAUUUACUUUGUGUAUUUUAUAUUGACAAAUUGUACUUUUUAUAACAAUAUAACAUUCUUAUAUUUACAUACUUUUUUUACUUCUUUGAGCAAGUUUCUAAAACUUGACUUUUUUUGUUUUGAACAUAGAUUCUGUGUUCAUUUUUGAGUGUAGUGAAUGACUCAAAAUCGAUUUACCUUAUAAUGAUUAUACACAUGCACUAAUAUUUGAUGAAUAUUGAUAAUAUGUUAAGUUGUAGUUAGGUUCAAUGAAACGUAUUUGUUGUAAGUAUUGUGUAUGUAAUCAUCAUGUUUUAAAAA